UGACUGGUAAGAAUUGGAAUUUUUGUUUACAGUUUUUGAGGAGACCGAAAAUGGUUGGUCUACUCGCUUCGUCAAAAACCCCUUGUCAUUCUUUCCCUUUUCUUGAAUCUCUUCUUCCAUACAAACAAAUAAAUUCUCGUUUCUCUAUAUCUAUAUAUUCAUCUGCUUUCCAUCACAAAGAGUGUUUCUCUUUCUUGAACAAUAAAGCCCCGAAAUUUCCACCGAAACCGAUAUCAAGACAAGCGUGUUUUCAAUCCGGGGAAAGGGUUUUAAUCAAAUGCAGUUGUGUUAACUCGUCUUUGAGUUCUCAGACUGAAAUGGGGAUGUUAUUCUCAUUUUUUGGGGUACUUGGGCUUGAUGAGGCGGAGAUUGAGGUACUUCUGGACAAGAAUUCGGCUCUUAUGUCGGCAUCUUUGGAUUUGGUUCGAGCUCGGAUACUUUUCUUUCAAUCUGUUGGAAUUGAUGGCUUUCCACUCUGUCUCUUGAUCACUAAACGACCAAAUGUAUUAACGGCUGAGGAAGUUGAUCAUUUCAUAAGUUUUGUGGUCGAUGAUUUGGAAGGAAAGAUCGAGGCUUCGCAAUUGGAGCGUGUUUUCACAACUGUAGAGCCAAGAUUCUUGGCGGGUUUUGAUCAAAAGGUCAAACUACUUCUUGAAAGAGGAGUUCCUGAGGAAAAGAUUGUUCACAUCCUCAACACUGUCAAUUUAUCUAAGGCAUUAUGUACCAGGCCAGCUGAAGAAAUCGAUAGGACCAUCACUUUCUUGAGCCGCUUUGGAGGCAUUGAUCUGAUUGUGAAGCGUCCAAAACUUCUGAACUAUGAUAUGGAAAGCCAGUUGAUUCCGAGAGUUGGGUUUCUCAUGAAGCUUGGUCGGGGUGAUGAGGAUGCCAUUGGGACCGUGUUGACUAAGCUCCCUGCGGUUUUGAAUUACAGCGCGGAGCAUAUGAAGAACCAUGCCGAGUUUUUGAGGUCUUUUGCCGGCCUAAAUGAUGAGGAGAUUUUCAAGGUUGUGGUUGCUUAUCCCAAUGUGUUUAGUGCUAGCAGGGACAGGAAAUUGUAUCCUAGAAUACAGUUUCUCAAAGAAUGCGGGCUGGAUUCAGAAGAUCUCUUUAGGUUCUUGACUAAAGCUCCCUUGUUUCUUGGCCAUUCAUUUGAUGACAACAUUGCCCAUAAACUUGUUUAUUUGAUAAAGAUUGGGUAUAGGUACAGAACCAAGGACUUGGCAGUGGCAAUGGGAUCAGUAACCAGAACAAGCUGCCAGAAUAUGCAGAAGGUACUGGGGCUAUUCUUGAGUUACGGUUUUUCGUACGAAGACCUUCUUGCUAUGAGCAAGAAGCACCCUCAGAUACUUCAAUAUAAUUGUGUCUCUCUCGAGAAGAAGAUGGAGUACCUAAUAGGGGAGAUGGGUCGAGAAAUCGAAGAGUUGUUGGCUUUUCCUGCAUUCCUGGGUUACAAACUUGAUGAUAGAAUUAAGGCCAGGUAUGAAUCAAGAAGGAAGAUUCUGGGAGGAGGAAUGUCACUAAAUAAGCUUUUAACCGUUUCCAGUGAGAGAUUUUCGCAAAGAGGAGAGACCCCGGUUCAUGUGAUUGAAGAGUAAAGGAAGGUUAACUAUGUUGGACAACGGUGUGAUUUUCUUUCCAAAGUUCAUUUCAAUCACUUAUAGGCCUAGUUAUUCCACUGAACUGUGCAAAAAACUUGAUGCACAAGAACUUUGUAGAAUACUAAUAGCACAUAAACAGGCCAAAUGGUGCACAAUCAGCUUGGACUUAGAAACUGAAUUUGAUAUUUGCAUAAGAGUGAAGACGUUCAUUUUAUGAUGACUGAAGCUUGUAUGUAUUACAUGGUGUGGCUAGAAUUUUAAUACCUUUUUCUCAUUAAUUUUAAGCCAUAGUAAAUUGGUAGAAGACUUUACAAUU